AAUGACCACCAUGAGGUUGGGCUUCUUUGUGUAUGUUCUCUCGGACACUUCCUUGUGGAUCAUGACAUCUCCCCAUCUAUAAUAAGUUGAUUUUGACAUGAAACGGCGACAACGGUUUACGACGGAUCCUGACUCUUUAAGGGAAGACCAGUUCUUGCCAAGAAUAUCUAGACCCACCUUUUCUAAAGGCUGUUCCAUGACUACGCCCAGAUGCUCAUUGAGAAGAUAGGGGGACGUUGGGUAAGACAGUGACGUCUAAGUAUGAAUACUGUAAAGAUGUUUGCCGCAUCACACGAAUCUGGGGUAGAGGUCGUCUCCUGUAGGAGUCUUCAAGACAAAAUUUUCCACUGGACUCUGUUAAUGCUUUCAUUCAUCGUCCAGGUAUCAAACAUUAACGUGAGAGAGGGAUAAAGCUCUCGAGAGCUGAGCCAUUCAACGGGACAGCUCAAUUGUAAUUAUACUCCGGAUCGGGAAUUUCGUACCUUCUGCCAAGCGGGCCACUAAAAACAUGAUAUGUCUCCUUUUAUUCUUUGGGAUUACCCAUACAUUGAGCCAAUCAAUGAAGUUCUCGGUGCCCACUGCGUAGAAUCACCAAGAGUUCAUCACCUCAAAGCUUGCUUACCUAGUCAUUGGCGGAGGUACAGCAGGCCCCAUCGUCGCGGCUCGGCAAAUCAGAUCUGGUCUUACUCUUCACUCGCGCAUGCUGAUACUGUGGAUCCGCGUAGCGUGACCGAAGAUCCAAAUUGCAUAGUUGGCAUCAUAGAAAUUGGAAAUUCUCAUAAUGAUGACCCCAUCGUCAAGAUCCCAGGCUUCAUUGGUCGCAAUUUGGCCGAGGGCUCUUCUAUGGUCAACUUCUUGGCCUGUUCCAGACCGACGAAAUCAGAAAUUGACGCUAUCGAAGAGUUGGGUAACCCCGGAUGGAACUGGGAGUCUGUAGGGCAUACACCAAAAAGAGCGAACGUCUCCAGGUUGCUGACUUCACCGAUUAAGAGUCAAUGAAAUUUGGCGCGGUCCCCAAACUUGGUUUCUAUGGCACGGAUGGGCGAACCGCUAAAUCCUUCUCCCCCAACAUUACCGAAGCUCAUCCUGCUUUCGCGGACGCUUUUGAAAAGCUUGGAUGACCGCGAAAUUGAAUUGACCUUUUCAGAGAUCAUUUCUAUCAUACCUUCACGGAUUGUGUCUCUAGUUUGACACAAUUGAGCUCGGUAUAUAGGAACGUUCCGAUCUCCCCAUAUAUCGAAACUCUCUGGUAACUUAUCAAUAGAGGUCAUCUCAGACA